AUGCCUCUCGAUCAAGUCCUUGAGGGAGCCCACGACAGAGUUCUCGUGCCGUCUUUGGCGUUCCUGCUACGGCAUUCAUCCACAGGACAGACAAUCGUCUUCGACUUAGGCCUCUUGCGAGACAUACACCAAUAUCCACCGGCGGUCGUGGAAGAUAUCAAACAAUACUUUCUGCCCGUGAACGUACCACGAACAGUCAGCGAAUCGCUGCAGGAAGGUGGCCUGGACCCCGCAGCGGUGGACUACGUGAUCUACAGUCACUUGCAUUUCGACCACAUAGGCGAUACUAAGCCAUUUACUAAGGCAACCUUCAUUGUCGGCGAAGGUGGCUUUUGUCCUCCUGGCUAUCCUCACGACCAGCACGCAUACGUCGCGUCCGACUUGCUUCCCGAAGAUCGAACUAAGUUCGCGUCGAGAAACGAAUGGAGUCCGCUGGGGCCAUUUCCUUUGUCGACCGACAUGCUUGGGGACGGCAGUGUCUACAUCAUCGACGCUCCAGGCCAUUGCCCGGGCCACCUCAAUUUGCUGGUGCGCACAUCACCCGAUGGCGCAUGGCUUCUCCUCGCUGGAGACACCGUCCAUGACAGGCGGCUCUUUACUGGAGAGGGGAAGAUGGCUGUUGAACGCAUAUCGAAUGGGGGCACUGCAGGCCUCAUGCACGAUGACAAGGAUUUUGCACAGCUCCACAUCAAGCGCGUAAAAGAGUUCGCCGAGGGAUAUAAGGUGAAGGUCAUCUUCGCGCACGACAAAGAAUGGUUCGCCGCGAAUCGAGGUGGGAGUGCGUUCUGGCCAGGACAAUUCGAUCCUGUGGUCGAAUGAAGAAAGAAUACGCCCGUGCAUUCGACAAUGGUAAUGAUGUAACGAUUGUUCAGAGGAUAUGAUCGUGCUUCUCUUGGUCGGUUUCAUCUUCUGGCAUCAGAUUCAAGGGAUUAUGCGGGGCAGCAACCGG